ACCAACGCAGCACGCUAAAUACAAAAAAAGGUAGUACAAAAGAAAAGAAAAGAAAAAGAGCAGCGCAUAGCCCUCUCCAGAUCCAGCGUCGAGAGGUCGCCGCCGUCUGCCCUAGUACCGGCCGCCGACGCCUCAGUCCCGGCCGCCCCUGCCGCGCGUGGCCGGCCGCCGCCGUCCCCCCCGAUUCACCAACACCAACACCAGCACCCACAGCCUUUGGCUUGAAGGGAGUCAGGUGCGGAUUUCAUUAAUCUCGUCCGCAGACCAGAUGUGCCCUCAGUUGUCUCCAGAUGAGAAGCUUGCUUCUGAAGAAAGCCUCAAGUUGUACUGCAGACCAAUUGAGUGGUACAAUAUUAUUCAACAUCGAGCUGCUAAAAAUCCCACUUUCCUGCAAAGAUGCCUUGAUUACAUGAUAGAAGCAAGACGAAAAAAGAGGAUUCAAUUAACUGUAUCACUCUCUCGAGGUACAAAUACUGCAUGUCGAGAACAGAAUAUCUUCCCUCUUUAUGUUCUGUUAGCUACACCUACUAGUAACCUUUCACUUGAAGAGCACCCUCCCAUAUAUCGAUUCAGUCGGGCCUAUUUUCUUACAUCUUUUGGUGGAUUUGGUAGUAAAGAUCACACCAAAGCUACAUUUGUAAUUCCAGACAUCGAGAAUUUAGCAUCCUCCAGAGCUUCCAACCUUAACAUUAUCAUUAUCAGCCGUGGACAAGUUGGAGAAGAUAUUGGUGAAAACAACUGCACCGGGGGCCAUUUGGAACGAUCUGCUCUCCAAAAACUUGAAGGGAAAUGUUUCUGGGGUAAUAUAUCAAUUAAUUUACUUCGUUUGUCAUUGGAGAAUCAUGCGUCAACUUUAAAUUUGGGACAUACCAUGAAGUUAACUUCUACGGUUGAAAUGAGACCAAGUUUCUUAGAGAAAAAAUUUCUUGAGCAAGACAAUUGCUUGACAUUUUGCUCUCACAAGGUUGAUGUUACGGGUUCAUAUAAACUCCAAGUUGGCAUAUCUGCUCAAGAGGCUGGUGCAAGAGACAUCCGUGAAAAUCCAUAUAGUAGUUACUCAUACAGUGAUGUCCCAACUCCGUCAUUACCUCGUAUACUGUUUGACUGCAAGCCAUGCUGUGAGCACUGUCGCACGCUGUCGCUGCCAGCACUGUCGCCACUGCAUGCAAGCAAGACAACUGGUCUGCUGUCGCUGCUGAAAGCUUACCACUCCGCCGUUGUAAGAAUAUGUCGCUGCUCGUGCAAGUCUGUUGGCAAUGGACGCGAG